AAUUUAAAUUAAACGAAUUCAACGGCCGAAACAGUGAUUAAAGUGACGUGGAAUAAACGAAGGCGAAUAUUUUGCUGCGUAAUGGAAACUAUCGAUUGCCUGGCUCAUCACUAUAAGAUAUAAAUAUUGUUCACAUUGCACAGCUGUUCCCAACCAUUCAGUGUUGCAAAACGUUCGUUGAGUGAGAACUAUACCGUCGCCUUUUGUUUUUGUUGACCUGGUCAUCUCCGGUUUUUUCCACAAAGUUAUCCGAGUUCCUUUCCAUGCCAAAUGGCCGACUUUAUGGAGGAAGCGUUUGUAGAGGCGCGGCGGGCACGUGACGCCGGCGAGGUGCCAGUGGGCUGUGUGUUCGUGCACGGGGACAAGGUCAUCGCACGCGGCGGCAACGAGGUGAACAUCCACCGGAACGCCACCCGCCAUGCCGAGUUCAUAUGCAUCGACGCCACCCUGGCCUACUGCCGCGAGAAGCAUCUGCCAGCCCGUCAGAUGUUCAGCGAGAUCACCGUUGUAGUCACCGUGGAGCCCUGCAUAAUGUGCUCCGCUGCCCUGCACACACUCGGCGUUAAGGAGAUCAUCUUUGGUUGUGAGAACGACCGGUUUGGUGGCAAGACGGUUGUGGACGUGGCCGCCGUGGUGGGCCAGAGAAUUGACAUAACCGGCGGUGUGAGAGCGGAGGAGGCGAUGGCCUUACUAAAGGAGUUCUACAAGGGCGACAAUCCGGCGGCGCCUCCUCUGGCCAAAAAGAAGAAGUAGGCCAGCAGUCAACGGAACUAAUAUCUAGCUUUCCGGAUUCUGAAUGAACUCUAUUCCUGGAAACAAUUGGGAUUUCAUACGAACGUCUUGCUGUACAAGAAAUAACUAGGAACCGAUUUUUGGGCAUACUCUUUUAGAACAAUAUGAAUUCCGCCGAUUACUUUAUGAUCGUACAACUUCCCUAUUCUUAGUAGUAUUCUUAUUUCCUAAUAUUUGAAAAACAAUCAAGAA